AGCCCUAGAUCCAUAAACUUCUUGCACCAUCGCCCAACCACCACCAAGACCCUAUCACCAUGGCGCACUUCUCCCAAAUUACCAACCUAGCCGAAUAUGUAGCCUGCAUCAAGGCCACAGCAGGAAAAACUGUUCUACUAGCCUAUUGGCCCGAAGACGAAACAACUAAUGAGGUUGCUACCGCCCUUCAAAAACUACUUCCGUCAACAUCCUACGAGCAGUACGACGUCGUCGACAUCUAUUGCUUCGAUAUGUACUCGCUGCCAGAACUAGGCAAUAUGUUGGACGUGAGCUUCGUGCCGACGCUGAUGUGGUUCAUGGACGGCGUCAUGGAUGCCAUCGUUUGGCAUGAAGGCUGUGCAAUUGAGGGCGAGAGUGUGGAGAAGGGUGUAAAGAGGGUAGUGGAUAGGAUCAAAGGAGGAGAUAUCGCAGGAGAGGAUAGUGACGAUGACUGGUAGAUGUUGCCAGUCUGGAAGAGGAGGACAAAAGACUUUGUCACGUCGACACCUUUUAUUUUCGAAGCAUAUAAGGAGGCUUGUGGGCGUCGCUGUCAUCAAACACUGUUCCGAUAAUAUGCCCUGCUGAAUUCACUUCGACUUUCGGC